UGAAAAAUAAUAAAAAUGAGAUAACUCACGUGCAAUGAGCAUGCACAGCUAAACCCCUCCAAAACCCCAAUUCAAAGAAAGAAAGAAAAAAACCACCCCUCCACCGCCAAAACUCGAGAGAACCACCCCCUCCACCACCAAGCUCCUCUCCAAAAUGAACCAAAACUCGAUACCACCACCCCCUCCACCACCAAGCUCCUCUCCAAAAUGAACCAAAACUCGAUACCACCACCCCCUUCGCAACCACCAUCCAACUCCGACCCCCGCAUAUUCCACGCUCGUUUCAUUACCACCGCAAACGUCGACCGCUCUGUUCUCAACAACCUCAUCACUCUAUACUCCAAGUCCAAUCUCCUCUCUUACUCUCUUCGCCUCUUCCACCAAAUCCCAUCUCCCAAUGUGGUCUCAUGGACCGCCGUGAUCUCCGCCCACACCAACACCCUCUUCGCCCUCCAGCACUUCGUUUCCAUGCUCCGCCACCCCACCUUCCCCAACCAGCGCACCUUCGCUUCCCUCUUCAAAACCUGUGCUUCUCUCCCUUCUCUCUCCUUCGGCCUUGCCCUCCACUCCCUUUCGGUGAAGCUCGGCGUCUCUGCGCAGCCCUUUUCCGGGUCCGCCCUUAUUAAUUUUUACUGCAAAUGCCGCUUGCCUGUUGAUGCCCGCAAGGUGCUUGAUGAAAUUCCUCAGAAAGACGAGGUUUGUUAUGGGGCGGUGGUGGUUGGGUUGGCGCAGAACUCGAAACCCAUUGAUGCGCUGUCUGCUUUUGCUGACAUGAAAUGUUCUGAUGUUAGGUCUACUAUGUAUAGUGUUUCGGGUGCACUUCGUGCUACAGGGGAGCUUGCUGUGUUGGAGCAAUGUAGGAUCAUACAUGCUUAUGCUGUUGUUACUGGACUUGAUUGGAAUGUGAUUGUGGCGAGUGCUUUGGUUGAUGCGUAUGGGAAAGCUGGGCUUGUAUCUGAUGCUAGACAGGUUUUUGAUGAGAAUUUUCCGAGCAUGAACGUAGUGGGGUGGAAUGUGCUGAUGGCGGCAUACGCACAACAGGGGGAUUGGAACUCAACGCUUGAGAUUUUCAAUGCAAUGGAAGCUCAGGGGCUUGCGCCGGAUGAAUAUAGCUUUUUGGCAAUCUUAACUUCAUUUUGCAAUGCAGGUUUGGUUUCUGAGACUCACAGGUGGCUGAACCGGAUGAAGGAAGAUUAUGGGUUGGAACCAGCGCUUGAGCAUCAUACAUGUUUAGUUGGUGCAAUGGGACGGGCUGGGCAACUGGAAGAGGCAGAAAAGGCUGCACUGACAAUGCCAUUUGUGCCAGACGCUGCUGUGUGGCGAUCAUUGCUAGCAAGUUCAGCGUAUCAUAAAGCGCCUGAUUUGGCUAGGUCCAUGGCUAAACGGUUAUUGGAAAUUGACCCACAUGAUGAUUCAGCUUAUGUAAUUGCUGCAAAUGUGUUAUCGAAUGCUGGAAAAUGGGAUGAAGUUGCAGAAGUGAGGAAGAUGAUGAAAGAUAGGAGGGUAACGAAGGAAGGUGGGAGGAGUUGGAUCGAGGUACGAGGGAAAGUUCAUGUGUUUUUUGCUGGGGACAGAAGGCAUGAGAGAAGGGAUGAGAUUCGUGCUAAAUUGGUAGAAUUGAUGAAGGAGAUAGAGAAGUUAGGAUAUGUGCCAUUCUGCGAUGAGAUGUUGCAUGAAGUCGGGGAAAGGGAGAAAAAGGAAUCCCUUUGGUACCACAGUGAGAAGUUGGCAGUAGCAUUUGCAGUGGUGAGUGGUGCGGCACCACCAGGAAAGCCAUUAAGGAUUGUUAAGAAUUUAAGGAUCUGCAGGGAUUGCCAUGAGGCCUUCAAGUAUUUCUGCAGAGUGUUGGAGAGGGAGAUUAUUGUGAGGGAUUUAAACAGGUACCAUAGAUUUGUAAAUGGUAGUUGUACUUGUGGCGACAUAUGGUAGCUUGGUUUAUGCCGAUUAAUAUAAUGCUCCCAAAGUUUCUGCUGGACAGAAACUCAGCCACUCAAGGUGGAGGGAAACUUGUGUAGAACUGUCAUACUGCCUCAAAUGAUGCAGGAUGAAGUUACUGCUAGCAUGCCAAUAGGAUGAAGUUUUUACUUUGAGAAGGUAGGAGUCGGAAGGGAAAAGGAUAAUGUCGGUGCAGCGGCCUCUUCUCGAAAUGCAAGGAGUUGCGAGGAGGCUUCCGGUCAUAGGCAUUAAGGGAAGGGAUAUUCCUUGUUAAACAGCAGAGCGACUGAACGGAAAAUUAUGUUUUCUCGUGUUUUGUUUUUCUCUCAAAAAUUUUUGGCAAGACAAAGGAUGAAUAAAACAUUCACAGAGAUGAAACAUUUUGUACUAUUUGAUGGUUUAAGAUGGCAGUCUGCAAAAAAAUAGCAAAAAGACGCAGUCGAGCGACAUACACCCGUUUCAUCUAAGUUAUUUCCGUGAAGGGUCCUUUGUGAUGGCAUAUGCCAGGA